UACAGGGAUGGAAGUCCAGCGAAAAUUUGAAAGGAUUAGGAUGAAGAAGUAUAAUAGAAAGUAUUUCAAAAAAGGGAAUUUUGAUAUUGGUAAACUAAAACAAAGAUUUCAAGAAAUUAAGGGUAAUAUGGACAAACCUCAGAGAGUAGUGUGGUUUAGACCAGAUGAGGCAAAACUGGGGCUCUGGAAAGAACCAAAUUUGUUUUCCAGUAUUGAUUUCGAUGGUUUAGAGGACAUAGAUCACUCCUCUCAACUGAUAAAGUCUAUAUCUCCAAAGAGGCAACAGAAAUUGAAGAAGACGAAACACUCUUAUAAUAUAAUUCCAAAAGCAAGCCAGAUGAAUAGCACAAAGGACUCAGAGCUUUGCCAUUUAGCUAAGGCUAUUAAGACUUGAGACAUUGGCUUGAAGUCAAUGCAGAGAAAGAUCAAGAGUGUGAGCAAGCUAUCUCCAAUGAUCUUACGCCAAAGCAGGGGAUGCUUCAGCCCAUCACCAUCAAAGAGAAAGAAGUUGGAUUUCUACACCAGAAGCCCAUCUAGUCCGAACUUCGAGAACAGAGGCUAUGGCGUUAACAAGCUAAUGAAAUCUUCAAGAAAAAGACUGUUUAGCAAGAGAUCUUCACUAAGGAAAUAAACCAACACUAAAGGACAUGAUGCAGAAGAAAUGGUCUAAAUGUACAGGAUGGGAUGGCAGACAUCCGUAUAGUAUUGCAUGAUUUGAUAAAUAAAGCAACUGAGAGAUACAGCUCAUUUUGUAAAAGUUCAACAUAAUUUGAUCCUAAAAAUGUUUAAUGA